ACUAACCCAUACGAGGAUGGAUUGGAUGUAGAGAAACAAAAGAUAGGUCAACUUUUGCUAUUUAACACCCCAACCCCAGAAUCCAAACAUAGAAGAAGAAGAAGAAGAGGGAGGAAGGGAGGAAGAAAUAACGAAUUCACCUCCUCAUUUUCCAUCUUUAUAAUCCCAAAUGCCUUCAUCCCUCUUGCCUUCUCAUUUUCCAUCUCCUUGAAGAAAACCCAAACUCAAAACCCAAUCUUCAACUCUCCCUCUCCCUAUUUCGUUUCGUUUCAAAAAGAUGCGGCCUUGUAGUAGAGAAAUGCAAGGGAUGAACUCGCUCUUAAACCCAUCAUCACAAAUCCCUCUACAAGACCUUCAAAACCAGCAGAUCCAAAACUCUCACUUUGAUCCCAAUUCAUCAUCAAAUGAUGAUUUUCUUGAACAAAUGCUGUCUGCAAUCCCUUCUUGUUCAUGGGCUGACCCUAAGUCGCCUUGGGACCUUAACCCCCCGACAAACCUCCCUUUUCCCACAAAUAACAACUCCUCUUCAGCCAAACCCAGAGACUUGUUUAAUGAAACCCCACCAUCUAAUACUGACAAUAAUAAUGUUGGGUUUCAUGAUAACUUUGACGAGUCUGUAAUUUUGGCUUCUAAGCUGAGACAACACCAGAUCAGUGGUGGUAGUGGUGGUAGUGGUGCUGCGGCAGCCGCUAAAAUGAUGCUACAACAGCAGCUUCUGAUGGCUGCUGCUAGAGGCGGGCUCUCUCAAAACGAUGACAUUGAUGUCUCUCCUACUCAGGGAGGAGACGGUUCAAUGCAAGGAUUGUUUAAUGGGUUUCGUGCUGGAUCUAUGAACGGAACUGGCCGGGCAUCGAAUCAGUCCAUGCAACAUUUUAACCAUCCUCAGGGAGGAGCUAUGCAGUCACCGAAUUUGGGGGCUCAGGCGGCAGCCACCACAGCUGUGAUGAACCAACCUCAAGCAAGUGGCUCAAAUGGUGGUGCACCAGCUCAACCUAGACAAAGGGUUAGGGCUAGAAGAGGUCAAGCCACUGACCCACAUAGCAUCGCUGAAAGGUUACGAAGGGAGAGAAUUGCAGAAAGAAUGAAAGCUCUGCAAGAGUUAGUACCUAAUGCCAACAAGACAGACAAGGCUUCAAUGCUUGAUGAAAUCAUUGACUAUGUUAAAUUCCUCCAGCUCCAAGUCAAGGUCUUGAGCAUGAGCAGAUUGGGCGGUGCAGCUGCUGUUGCCCCCCUUGUUGCUGACAUGUCCUCUGAGGCUGGUGGUGACUGCAUCCAAGCCAAUGCCAAUGGUGGGUCCAUCGCACGUACCACUAACGGCAACCAAACGGCCUCAACUAACGACAGCAGCUUAACUGUGACGGAGCACCAGGUGGCGAAGUUGAUGGAAGAAGAUAUGGGCUCGGCCAUGCAGUAUUUACAAGGCAAAGGGCUUUGUCUCAUGCCCAUCUCACUUGCAACUGCCAUUUCAACGGCCACGUGUCACAACAGGACUUCUGGGAUCAUCAACAGUCACAACCCGUUACUCCAAUCCAACGGUGAAGGGCCAACCUCACCUAGUAUGUCUGUUUUGACCGUCCAGUCAGCGACAAUAGGUAACGGUGCCGGCGAUGGUGUUGCUAAAGAUGCUGCCUCCGUUUCGAAACCUUGAUUUUUAACAGCGUUGACUAACCUCGGGGAUUCUUACUACUAGAGUAAAAUAAUAAAAAAGUUGAGGGGGGGAAAGUCAAAGGAGAAAAGAGAUGGAGACUGUGACGUUGGAUUCAACUGCCGUUUCAAAGUCUACGAAAAUAGGGGUCUAAAGCAUGAGUGGUUGACACGACGCCGUAUUUGCGUAGACUUUGGGUAAGCUGACUUCAACUACACCACCAAGUACCAACAACAAGAACAAAGUAACAAGAUAGUCCAGAUCCCAAGAACAUCCUACUACUGUUGUUUAUGUUUUAAAAAAGGGGUUAGGUUUUGUUACGUUUUUCAUUUGCCACUUUAAUAUAUUUUUUUUAAUUUCAA